AUGGGCAAGCUGUCCGCCAAGAAGGUAUCGGCGUCCGGACGGGAGCCUAGUGAUUCCGCUGCGAAAGUCAUCUCGCAGGCAGAGGAUGCAGGCGAGAGGCAUUCCAAGAUACUUUCCGACUUGCGUAAGUUUCGUGCUUUGCACAAGUGUUUGCCGGCUAGAAAUGGAACUCUGGCGAGAGAGGACACGUUGGCUCGUGGGAUUAGCAUGCUUCGGAAGUCUUGGCCAUCUUUGGACGCUGAAGUCCGAGAAAGCCUGACGUGUGAAUUCGCGGACGUGCUGGAUGGCGUGCUUUCUAGCAGUCGCCGCGACCUGGCCGUGCUCUCUGCGCUUGAGGAAGGUGCCGCCUUUCAUCUGCAGCAUGGCAGGCAUGCCCGCCGUGGACGGGAAGCGGCUGUCCAUGGCGAGGAUGCCCUGGCCCGGCGGCUCCAGCGGGCUGUGGCCUGCCUAGACUCUUUUCCUGAACUUGCGAUCGCACAUGCUGCAUUUCUGGAGUCCUGGCGCGCAGCAGACGUUUUUCUGGACGCAGCAAAAGCCGCUUUCGAGGAAGGUGCCGCCUUUCAUCUGCAGCAUGGCAGACAUGCCCGCCGUGGCCGGGAAGCGGCUGUCCAUGGCGAGGAUGCCCUGGCACAGCGGCUCCAGCGGGCUGUGGCCUGCCUGGCUAAAGCCGCUUUGGAGGAAGGUGCCGCCUUUCAUCUGCAGCAUGGCAGACAUGUCCGCCGUGGACGGGAAGCGGCUGUCCAUGGCGAGGAUGCCCUGGCACGGCGGCUCCAGCGGGCUGUGGCCUGCCUGGAUUCUUUUCCUGAACUUGCGAUCGCGCAUGCUGCAUUUCUGGAGUCCUGGCACGCAGCAGAUGCAUGUGUAGAGAUGAGUGUCGGCGCAGCUAAAGCCGCUUUGGAGGAAGGCGCCGCCUUUCAUCUGCAGCAUGGCAGACAUGCCCGCCGUGGCCGGGAAGCGGCUGUCCAUGGCGAGGAUGCCCUGGCACAGCGGCUCCAGCGGGCUGUGGCCUGCCUGGAUUCUUUUCCUGAACUUGCGAUCGCACAUGCUGCAUUUCUGGAGUCCUGGCUCCUGGCACGCAGCAGACGUUACUCUGGACGCAGCAAAAGCCGCUUUCGAGGGGCGCCGCCUUUCAUCUGCAGCAUGGCAGACAUGCCCGCCGUGGACGGGAAGCGGCUGUCCAUGGCGAGGAAGGUGCCGCUUUUCAUCUGCAGCAUGGCAGACAUGCCCGCCGUGGACGGGAAGCGGCGGUCCAUGGCGAGGGAUCAUCGAGGCGCCUGCGUGGAAUUGGUGGUCGGCAUAGUGCGGGGCUCCGUUGCAGUGGACGUUCAGCGAGAGCUGGGCGUGUUGCCCAUGGAUGAUGCCACGAGACAUGCUGCGCAGGCCAUGCUGGAAGAGUCUGGCUGGCUUUCCUGGGAUCCGACCUCGACGUUUCGCGCUGCCGUGUCCGACUUCUGCAAGGCAAAUGCUCGUUUGCCUGAAAUCACAAGCUCCGAUAAGAUGGAAAGGGAUCUGGCGCAGGGCCUUAAUCUGGUGCGACGCCUACGGUUUAAGGCGCGCGUGGCUCGUCGAAAAGGUCGGGUGAUGGAUUAUCGCGCUUGCCUGAUGGACUCCGUGUUGGAUGCUUGGGAGAAGUCGACCACGUCGCACGUCUUCUUGUGGUGGCCGAAGCACGAAGUCUGGUUUCAGGAGACGGAGGCGCUGCGCGUAGACACGGGCGAACUGCCGAAGUUCGGCAAGAAUAGCAAUCAUGCAGUCUUGGCUCGGAACUUGCGCAGGGUGCAGCAGAGACGGUUCGCUGGCGGCAGGUUUGGCGUGCGAGCGGGAGAGAUUGCGUUGUGGGAGAAGCGAUUUCCUGGCAUUUGGCGUUUGUGCUCGACGAGUCUUCCCCGACUCCCGAUGUGUUCGGGGAUGUUUGCUUGUGAGCUCUGCGACUUUCAGACGGACGGGCGGGAUGAGAUCGCGUUGCGCAUGAAGGUACUUAGCCGGAUACAGGCUGCCGCUUCCCUGAUUGAUCCGUGUGUAAGGCGUCUGGAACCUUGUGCUGUGUGCGCCCGGGGCAUGUGGCUGGAGCGUUUGAAGCGCCUGAAGCUGUUUACUCGGCCGAGCGAGAAGAAGGUCGGUGACGAGUCGACAGGUAACGGGGACCUUCUGGUGGAAGAGAGCGUGCCCGAGCAGGAAGUGGCGCGUGACGAAUCCGAUGCGGAGGCAGAAGAGCCGGACAUGGCAAGUGCUUCCAGGGGGCUGGCUAUUCAGAAGGACCUGGUCGCAGCUGUGCAUGAGAACACUUUCGACUACAAGCGCUACCUGCUACGGUGGCCGCUGUUGCCGAAAUGCGAAUUGAAGUGCAGCUGCGUGCAGCAUCCAUAUGGGAAGUAUGCAGAUGGCUCUCCGUGGCUUUGGCUGCUAAACAGGACGUCGGUUCCCUAUAUCCUCACCAGCGCUCCGGAAGAAAAGCAGUGCGGCAUGCGCGCCAAUACUGUGGCGUUCCCGCAAGCAAAGAUGAAGGAACUGGUGACCGCGCGCCUGCCGCCCACGAGCGAGGAGGCGGUACCUUAUCUAGCCGACACACUGUCGAUUGCGCUGGUCGGCGCCGAUUUGGAUCAUGCGCAAUGGGCAGAAAUUCCGCGGGAUGUAUACAUGGCUGCCGCUAGAUAUUUGACGCAGCACAAUGCGGCGUAUCAGACUUUGGAGAUCAGCGAAGAGGUGGCUCAAGAACGGUUCGUGGAACUGCAUAAAGCAGUGAAGGCGCAGGCCUCCGUUCUUGCCGCCGCCGAAGCCGUUCCAGCGAAGUUGCCGGGACCUGCAGACGUGCCCGAGGAUGUCCGCGGGGAGAACAUUGCUGAGGCCGUGGUGUCGGAGGAUGCCGAUGGAGACUGCGUGCAGCAGUCGCCCGACGACGAUGUAGAAGAGGGGGAGGACGAGGCCUCGCCGUCCUUCAACUGCGCUGUGGCCGAUGUGAGCUCCGCUGACUUGGAUGUGGAGCGUUCCUGCAAGGAGCUGGCUGCGAAGAUCAUCAUGCUGAUGGAGAGACGAAGCCAGACUGGGCUGGGCAUGGAUGCGGAGGUGGAAAGUCUGCGUGGCGCCGUGGCUUCGAUGUCACAGGCGGACUUGCAGCAGAAGCUGGACGGGCUGGUGCAGGCCAUGGAUGAGGUCGAGGGUCGCAUUGCACCGUCCAAUGAUGGUGAUUCUUCGAAGAAGCGCGUUCAUGUUGUGUACACGGGUUCAGAGCCACUUUCGAUGUAUCAUGCCGAUUAUUGGCAAAAUUGCUUUCCUGAAUUGUUCCCAUACAGCCAUGGCGUUUUCGGCCUUCGCCGCGUUACUCCUAUGACCUUUCGUGAGUGGGGAAGCUAUUUGCUGGAGCGAGUGGAGCUGGAAUACGAUGUUGGAGGAGAUGGCGCCGUGCCGAUCGAAGCUGGCACAGGCUACCAGCCGCCGUCCAUUGCUCGUUGGCGUGGCGACUUCAAUUUCAUUGCCGUGGUCAGUGAUUCUUGGAAGCGCAUGAAGCUGAUUCGUUCUGCGUCUGCGUACGUUCGGCGUCGCAGUUUCAAGCAAUCUUUGAAGACCAUCCUGGACUGCACGUAUGAGAAACUCUCCGAAGCCUUGAAGGUGCUUGUAGAGAGAGCCAAUAUGGUUGAUGUGUUUCAGUCCAGCCAUGUCCACGCCGACGUCAAAAAUGCGUUGACAGACUUGCACCAUUUCUCCAACCAAGUGGUUGGCAGCGAUGGGGCGCGGCAGCAGUUGCGGCACGAGCAGAAUGGAGCGAUGCUUCUGCGUGGAGGGAUCGACGGUUUCCUGACGCCGAACGUGGCUGAUGUCAGGAAUCCGUUGAUGGUCGUGCUGCAUGGUGGCUGCGUGAAGCAUCCUCGUGGCGGCCUAACUGCUGAAGGCGAUUCAGAGAAGUAUGUCGUGUCUCUUCUGGACGAGGAGCCUACGAUGCCAUCGGCAAAGGAGAUGCUACGCAUGGUGUCGCAAAACCCAAUUGCCCAGGCGCAGUUCUUUAUUGUAUCCAUGCAAUUAUUUCUGGAACAUGUGUUGUGUGUGAUGCCCUUCGACCAUCAACUGCGGGCGAAUGGAGCACGCGCCGGCGUGACUUGGCCGGAUGGAGCGGCCGCUGCAUUUUUGGGUGGCAGUUUUCCGGCGGUUUUUCAAUUGCAUGGACCCAUAGAGGAGCAGGCCCGUCUGAGUCUUCACCCGCACAUAGUGCUGCAUUUCGUCAACCGGGCCUCUCGUCGUUGGAUCAAGGAGAUCUUGAGGCGCGAGACCGCCGAGGCCCGCGCGCGUCUCGCUGCGUGGCAAGAGGCGACUCUUCGGGCGGUGGAGAGCAUCAUGUCGUCCUGUGCUUCUUUGUUGCCUUUGCAAUUGCGAGAUGGUCCGAUUCCCAGUGACAGCGACCGUUUCGACGGUGAGGUGGAAGAGGCAUAUGGAGAGCAGGCGAAGGAUGUCCGCUCCGAUGACGUUGUUCGUCGUCCUUUGGUUCCGGUUGUCAAUGCGUAUGUGGAUGGCCAUAUCGCGCGGGCUCCUGCGCCGGCUGAGGGAUCGAAGCCGAAGGUGCGUGAAAUUCCUUUGACGGGCGCGGUGAUGUCUCGACUACCUCGCUAUCGUGUGCUACCUCGUGCCAUGGGCGCAUGCCAGUGUCGGCUGUGUCAGGAAAAAAUGAUGAGUUGGCGGACAUGGGCAGCCUGGAAGAGGAUGCUGAAAAGUUUCGGGAUCUUUUUGCAGCUGAUGCACGUGCCGUGUGUUCUUUGGCUGGCCAUUUGCACGAGCAUCAAAGCACCUGUUUCAAGUACGCGCCAGAGGGCAGCCGGCGAAAGCCUCAACACUGUCGGUUCAAUUUCACGCAUUUCGUCGUGCUGCCUUUCACGGACGAGGAAACCGGACGAACGAAAUUGCGGGAGUUGUUGCUCGCACAGGCAAAGAGCCGAUUCUGCCUAUGUGGCCCGGCGAUUCUGUUCCGGUGCCGAGGAGUCGCAUCGAAGUGAGCGCUGA